UUUGUUUCACGUUUUGUUACAAUCGUUUGCAGUUCUGGAAUCAAUGGCGUUUUAGGGUUUGCUAACUUUUUUUAUUUGUUUGUAAAAUAAAUGUUUCAUUUUUGCGUAAUAAUGCGGUUUUAAAUGGGCUGUACGUUGAACUAGUAACUACACGUUUUAUGUCGAACUUUUGACGUUUAUAUUUGCUAUUGCUCUCCAGGAUAUCUAGGAUGAUUACGCUAACACCACAUGGCGGCAAUGCGUAUUCGAUGCCACCUCCAUCAGUGGGUAACAUGGCAGUGCCGAACCAAGGGAUGCAUCGUUACCCACCACCCCACCAGAACCAACAAUUUCGCCCCAGACACACGUUUUUCCAACCCUUCCGGCCGUACGUGCGAGGUGUGGCAGCCCUGGACCCGGAGUUUGAUGGGAAGAGGCUGCGAAAAUCUGCUAUGCGAAAAACAGUAGAUUAUAAUUCCGCAAUCAUAAAAAUGUUAGAGACACGGGUGUGGCAGAGGGACUUCCGAGACAGGAGAGCUCUGCAGCCGGAUGUUUUGUACAUGCCCGACUUGCAACCGCCUCCUGCGUACGAUGAUAACGCAAUCAACGCGGUUACCACACGGUUCGUCAAGGCAGCUACCAAUAAGAUGAGGUGUCCGAUAUUCUGCAUGGCCUGGACCCCAGAAGGUCGCAGACUGGUCACAGGAGCGUCCUCCGGAGAGUUCACCCUCUGGAAUGGGUUGACUUUCAAUUUUGAAACCAUUUUGCAAGCUCACGACAGUCCGGUGCGCACAAUGGUGUGGUCGCACAAUGACGUGUGGAUGGUGACUGCCGAUCACGCCGGCUACGUCAAGUAUUGGCAGUCCAACAUGAACAACGUCAAGAUGUUCUUAGCCCACAAGGAGGCAAUCCGAGGCAUCAGUUUCAGUCCAAGUGAUAGUAAGUUUGCCACCUGCUCAGAUGACGGAACGAUUAAAAUUUGGGACUUUCAACGCUGCCAAGAAGAGAGGACAUUAAGAGGUCACGGAGCAGACGUUAAGUGUGUCCACUGGCACCCUCAGAAGGGCCUCGUCAUCUCCGGCAGCAAGGAUAACCAACAGCCCGUCAAACUGUGGGACCCCAAGACUGGGCAGUCGCUCGCUACUUUACAUGCGCACAAGUCAACGGUUAUGGACGUCAAGUGGAACAACAAUGGCAACUGGCUGGUAACGGCGUCUAGGGACCACUUACUCAAGCUGUUCGACGUGCGGAACUUGUCAUCCGAGGUGCAGACAUUCCGUGGCCACAAGAAGGAGAGCAGCUCCGUCGCCUGGCAUCCGUACCACGAGGGGUUGUUCUGCAGCGGGGGUUCGGACGGGGCCAUACUCUUCUGGCAUGUGGGAGCUGACAAGGAGGUGGGAGCGAUAGAGCAAGCGCAUGACAGCAUUGUGUGGACUCUGGCGUGGCACCCGCUCGGUCACAUCUUGUGUUCAGGAAGUAACGACCAUUCGAGCAAGUUCUGGACACGCAAUCGACCUGGCGACCUCAUGAGGGACAAGUACAACCUCAACACACUGCCCGCCAACAUGUCAGGCCUCGACGAGAAUGAAAUCGAUGACCUGAGUGUGAUACCUGGCAUGGGUCCGGAGGACAAAGUUGAGACCAUCAACCCUGCCUCUGACAACUCUGGGGCCAUCCCCGGUCUGGACAUCGAUUCUACUGAUGAAAAAGUCAAAGUUGUUCUGAAGAAGGUGCCGUAUUCUAAACCAAUCCCGAAGAACUUUCAAGCCCAUUGGAACCACGCUGCUGUUGGUGAUGAUGAUAAGGAUGGAUUUGACCCUAUCGAACUCAUCAAUCAGUUGAUAGUAAAUCAACCUGGAGUUAUCCCGUUGGCAGAAAUCGAGCCAGAAAGUUUGAUCAUUUACGGGAAACAAAUCGAUCUGAAACCUACGGACGACCUGACGUUAGCCAUCAAGAAGGGCUCAGAAGCGUUUUGCUCGGUUCAUCAAUUCGGGUGCAGUGGAGGAGCUGAACGAUGUCAGACCUUACAUGGACCUGAGUGACGACGAGUCCAAACCUGCGUCCUCUACCCCUGUCCCCGACAACGAGAACCAAGACUCCACUUCUGUGGACCAUGAAGAUUCUUGGCAGAACAGCAACAGAAGUGAAGACACUCAGCAGUCCCAGUCACAGCAGCCUCUGUUAGGU